UCAUGGCAGUGAGGGGCGGGGAUCACCGCGGAGCUCCUCCCACCUCCAGGCUGCCGUCACUGGGGCUGCUGGACCGGAGCAACUCGGCACCAACAACCAGCCGCCGGCUGCUCCUCCGUGCUGGGUGAAGACUCGGUGCAGCCAGGAGCCUCCCCCCGCCGCCUCUGCCCGUCAUUUCCUCGCGGUUCACGGUUAUCGACAUGGCCUCCGACGGCAUGGACGAGCGAUCUCCGCUGCUGUCGGGCCCCAACUCCGAGAACGUGACCCCCACUGCUCCCCCGUACCUGCAGGAUUCAAGUCCCCGAGCCGAACUACCUCCUCCCUACACAGCCAUCGCCAGCCCCGACGCCGGUGGUGUGCCUGUCAUCAACUGCCGUGUAUGUCAGUCACUCAUCAACCUGGAUGGAAAGCUGCAUCAGCACGUGGUCAAGUGCACGGUCUGCAACGAAGCCACGCCCAUCAAGAACCCCCCCAAUGGGAAGAAAUAUGUGAGGUGUCCCUGUAACUGCCUGCUCAUCUGUAAAGACACGUCCAGGAGGAUAGGAUGUCCUCGACCAAACUGCAGACGCAUAAUCAACCUGAGCCCGGUGAUGGUUGUCCCAGAGGAGCAACCCGCUCAGCCGGCGCUGCCCAUCCAACCUGAGGGCAUGAGGGUGGUCUGUGGUCACUGUGGCAACACUUUUCUGGGCAGUGAGGACGCCAGGUCAUCCCAGCCAAUGUCUGGCCUCCCCAGCGACGGCUCUCCCCCAGAACAACAAGAGUGGAUGGAGCUUCGGUUUAACACGCUAGCCAAGUGUCCCCACUGCAAAAAAAUAUCCUCUGUUGGCAGUGCACUGCCUAGGAGGCGCUGUUGUGCUUAUAUAACUAUAGGAAUGAUCUGCAUUUUCAUUGGAGUGGGUUUAACAGUCGGUACUCGGGACUUUGCCAGUCGUUACAACGCCACCUACGUGUCCUGGGCGUUUGCUUACCUGUUGGGUCUCAUCUGUCUGAUACGAGCUUGCUACUGGGGGGCUAUCAAAGUCAGCUACCCGGAGAACAGCUUCGCCUAGAGUGGGCGAGGUGCGGCAUGGUGUGGCCCUGCACGGCUGGAAGAACAAAGCCCCAAUUUUAGUUUUUUUCAUCUUGUUCAGAUUUGAAGCCGGUCAUGUUCAGCGGAGUGGAGCGUCUGCAGAGCGUCUUGACAGUAUGUUGAAGAUGUGUAUGUUAGAGAUGUUUCUUGUGUUUGUGUCUGGAGAGUUUUAGAGAGUUUUGACUUGCUGAACAAACCUAAUGUAUGUCAGUCCACAAGGACUCAAAUCCUGCCCAGGUUUUUGCCAAAAUCCUCCAAAAUCAAGAAUCAAGAACUUAAAAAACUGUGAUUUUUUUUCUUGAUGAAUGCCAACAUUUAGAUUGUAAAAUUAACAGCUUAGCAAACUGGUUGGAUUUGGUCUUUCUGGACCAUUUUCUUUGUUUUUCAGCACUUGAUUUUUUUUGUUACCGACCAGACCAAAAUGAGACAACCUCCUAAAGAACAGUUCUCCCAUUGCACUACGAUUAUAUGCAAUUGUAUGUGUUGUUUUGCUGCUAGUUAAACUCCAGCUACAGAAAGCUGCAUACCCAUACUGUAUUGUAACCAUUGACCUUGCCUGUGUACACUGACAUAGUAUUGCUGUAUGAUUUUAACUCUCAAAAUGAUCAAUUUUUAAAAGAAAUCCUUAAAUACCCAUGUGUGCCAACUUUGCUGCCCAGUAUUAGUCAAGAAGAUCAACAGGAGCUUGUUUUCUUUUUUAUCAUCAAAGUGUUUAUUUCUGGUGCCAUGCUGCUUUUAUCCCACUUCAGCAAUAACCUUUUUCUGUCAGUCUGUGUUUCUCACUGCGCUUCUGUUGCCUUGUCACUGGUGGAAAAUGAUCCCAAAACAUGGUGACUCUUGUUUGCAUGUUGACUUGUUUACGCUCUGUCACUGAGGUGUGUUUUCAGUUUUCAGAGAGGUAGCUGAAGCGUAGGAUGCUCCUGUCUUUGCUCCUUCUGCCUGUGAGUUAGAAUGUAAACCCUCCUCUUCCUCUUCCUCCCUCCGCUUGUACUCGCCGCCCUCUGACCUCCGGUGAACCCUGUGCUAGCACCGCUAUAGGCUAACUCAGCAUCCUGUCUCUCGACCUUGACCAGUGGGCACAGCUCAAACUUCUAACCUUGUUUUGAAUGUGUUGAUGAUGAUGAUGAUUAUGAUGAUGAAGCAGAAAAUAAUGUUAAAAAUACUCUUUGUAUAUAGUUCAAAUUCAGUACUUGGAAAACUGUAGUGAGAAGUGAAAGGAGAAGAUGGCUCGUGGGUCUUUUUAAAAAUAAUUUAUCAAUAAAAUGCAAAAACUG